UUUAAUAGAAUCGGACGGUGGGCCGUCCAGCUGCACAGGACGUGAAUACCUACGGACUUUCAGAGUUUUUCUGAAUAUUUUUUUUUGGUUUAAUUUCCAACUCUACCCAGACAUGGAGAAAAUUGUCGUAGUAACCGGAGCAAACAGCGGCAUCGGCCUGGCCCUGUGUGACCGGCUGCUGUCCGAGGACGGCCGGCUGCGGCUCUGCCUGGCAUGCAGGAACAUGAAGCGAGCCGAGGCCGCCCGCACCGCCCUGCUGGCGUGUCACGGCGACGCUCGGGUGGACCUGCUGCACCUGGACGUGGGCUCUGCGCGGUCGGUGCUCAGUGCUGCAGAGGAACUCAAGGCCAGGUACCGCCGCAUGGAUUUUUUAUAUCUGAACGCAGGAAUUAUGCCCAAUCCAACGGUGGACAUAAGAGCGUUUUUCAAAGGACUAUUUUCCAGGAAUGUCGUCAACAUGUUUGCGACGGCUGAGGGUCUGCUGACUCAGCAGGACCAGCUCAACUCAGACGGCCUUCAGGAGGUUUUUGCCACGAACCUGUUUGGUCAUUUCCUCCUGAUCAGGGAGCUGGAGCCUCUGCUGUGUCAGCCGGGUCACACCUCCAGGCUGGUGUGGACGUCGUCCAGCAAUGCCCGGCGCUCGGCCUUCAGCAUCCAGGACAUCCAGCACAGGCGAGGGAAGGAGCCCUACAGCUCCUCCAAGUACGCCUCGGACAUGCUCAGCAUGGCGCUCAACAAGCACAAGAACCAGCAGGGGCUGUUCUCCUCUGUGAUCUGUCCAGGCCUGGUGAUGACUAACUUGACCUAUGGGAUCCUGCCCUCCUUCUUCUGGACUCUCAUCAUGCCCAUCAUGUGGUUGAUCCGGAUUUUCACCAACACUUUCACGCUUACGCCGUACAACGGAGCCGAGGCACUGCACUGGUUGUUUCUUCAGAAGCCAGAGUCUCUGGAUCCCAGAGCGAAGUACCAGAGCUUAACGUCCGGACUGGGGACCAACUACACCGAGCCACGCAGGAUGGACCUUGAUGAUGACAUGACUGAGGUUUUCUUCUCUAAGCUCCUUGAGCUUGAGAGAGAAGUGAGAAGAAACCUGAGCAAGAAAACCGCUGACAGUGAACAUUAUCAGCAGUAUCUCACUGAGAUACAGUAGCAGUUUUUAUUUUUAAAAAAAGAAAGUUUUGUCUUGAUUUUUUUUUUUUUUUUACCACAUCAAAUAUGCAAUAUUUUAUAACUUCUGCAAAUUGAACUUCAUUAAAUGUUUUUGCU